AUGCCAGGCGCCACUCAUCCCAAGAAAAAGGCCAAGGUGGACGGGGUCGACGAUGCCGAAGCAAGUGGAGUCGGCACCAGGAUGAUCUUUGGCAGAGUGGCUCGCGACUGGACGGUGGAUGAGAACCAGUUCAUCUACGACCACCUGCAAUCGUGCGUGGACAAAACCUACUUGUCAAAGCAGCUAGGACGAAAUCCGUCGAGCGUCGCCAAACGUGUCAAGGAUAUCCUUGCAGCAGCCGCCCAAAAGUUCCCUGGCACUUCCAGUCCUGCCGUUCCUGCCGGCACCUCUUCGUCCGGCGCAACCAGCCUGGCGGGCAAGAAGCGAGCCAGGCCUUCAAAGUCCAAGCCGGCCACGUCCAAGGCCGUCAAGGACAAGUCCAAGGGCGAGGACGACGAGGCCGAAGGUGCAGUCAACGAGUCGAGCUGA